AUGUCGGAGUUUGAUAGGUAUAUAUGGGAUGAGGAACAGAAGCAGCAGCAACCUCGUAAGAAAUCGAAACUGGCGUUGGUGUUGUUGGUUUCGAGAGUGACGACGUUGGUUUCUCUGGCUAUCUCCAUCGUUAUCCUCAAGAAUAGCGGCAAGACUUACACCGGCACGGUCACCUACGACGGCAACACUUACGAAAAUGGAUACAGAAUCACCUACUCUAACUAUACCUCUUAUGAGUACAUGAUGUUUAUCAUGGUAGUAGGAUGCGUGUACAAUCUGCUGCAAAUUCCAUUGGCAAUCUACUACUUCCUUAGAGACAAGCAUCUAAUAAACAACCGUCGCUUUGUUCUCUUCCAAUUUUUUGCUGACCAGGUGAUAAUGGCACUACUAGCAACAGCAUUGGGUGCAGCCUUUGGUGCAACGGUGGAUUUGGAUAAGGGUGUCCGGAAUAAGGAGAAAGUAGAGAAAAAUCUUCAUCGCUAUUGGCGUUUUAUGUAUCUGCCGGCCAUCUUUUUCCUCAUUGGCUUCAUUACCUCUAUCAUUUCUUCAAUUACCACAUCUAUCACAACUCUUGUAUCCACUGAAAUGUGA